CGGAAGUGUCAGUUUCUAACAGAAAACAAAGUUUGCGUUUUGCCUCUUUGGUGUGAAAAUGUAUACUAAAGCAGAAAUAGAUUUAGAGAUACACUCUGAUAAGGUGUUUGGUUUGCUUAGUGCUGAAGUGAAGAUAAUUCCAGAUCUGGAGGAGGAAGAAAUACAGAAAUUUGUUCAACAAUCAGGAAUAACAUUGGUCAAACAGGUGGAAAGUGACAGUUACACAGUCCAUGGAAGCUGGAAGUCACUCCAGAGAGCAAGAGCUUAUUUGGAUGUUAAAUUUAAAGAGACAGAACCAAUACACAAUACUUUGAAUGAAGUUCAAGAGAAAAUGACAUGUGGUAAAGAUGACAUUGAACAUAAAGUCCAUGACGAUGACACUAGGGAGGAAUCAUGUGACCAGAGUGAUGAAGGUCCUGGAAGUCCGAACAAUGAACAGGAGGAAACAGAGGAGGAGGAGGAGGUCAAAGAUUUCCAGUGCAAAGAUUGUAAGGAAAAGUUUCAAUUAUUCUCUUGCUUAGAAGACCACAAUCAAGAGAAACACAGUCUUUUUACAUGUGACAUUUGCUUGAAGACAUAUGCAAAGAAAAGAUAUGUACAGCAACACAAAAAGAGACAUACCCAAGAGAAAAAGUUUCAGUGUGUCCUGUGUGGGUUUAAAUUUUUCGAGCAGAGCAAAUUGAAAAGUCACAUGGAAACUCACAAACCUGUAACUGAAAGGGAACUUCCCUACAAAUGUAGUUUGUGUUUGAAACAGUUUCACAACCGGACGGGAUGGACAGAACAUAUGAACACACACACAGGGCAAAAACCUUUCAAGUGUUCAAUAUGCAAUGCAGAAUUUGCUCACAGCAGUGCAUUAAAAAGACAUGAAGUUUCACAUGGACCAUAUAACCCAGUGAAAUGUGAUUUCUGUGAAAAGAAAUUUAGGUAUCCUGACAAAUUGAGAGCUCAUAUGAUUCUGCAUACAGGUGAAAAGAAAUAUGCCUGUCAGUGUGGGAAAAUUUACACCACAUCAAAUUCCCUGAAACGCCAUCAGCAGACUUGUAGUGACGCUUGUCAAGUGUUAACCCAGAAAGUCUGUGUUUACCAAGCACCUGCCACCCAGGAUAUUGUGUACAUGUGUGGCUUAUGUGAAAAACAGUUUGAUUCUCUGGAGAGUGCCGAGUCACAUGUUUGUAGUUGUUGUCAAUAAAUUAAUAUUUAUAUACAAUAUGCUAGUAUAUUGUAUUGUUUGUUUUUGUUUAUUAAAAUUUUUAUGAUUUUG